AGUACAUAACUAGUAGUGAGAAAGGAAGCUGGGGAGAGACUAGGAAGAGAAGCGACCGACCUUGUUCACAAAAGCUCAGUUUUGUCCCUGCGGACCCAACAGCAGACAGGACGCUGAGCAGUGAGCGGUGAGCAGUGGCUCCCUGCCAGGGAGGUCGGCAAACAGUGGAAGGCAUCUUUACCUUGCCCUUCUCAGGGGGAGUCCUGAGGCUGGGCGCUCGGGAAGUUUGCAAAGCCGCAGCAGCAGCCUUGGAGGAGACCAGCCAAAAGAGUGCAGUGUGAUUAGAAAAGCACUUGGGAGGCACAUUAAUCUUGCCGGCGUUGUCAGGAGUGAUCAGCAAGUUUUAUUAAAAGCCCCAGGAUUGCCUGAAAGGCCUCCUUGUCUCCAUUUGACAUGAAAGGGGUGUAUUAAGAUCUUGGGGCACGUUGUUGGGACCCUCGCCCUGCCCCUUGGACUAUGAGCUGACACCCCAGGAGGGAGCACAGAAGCCUUCCUUUGUUGAAGGGAUUUCACCAGUGGAUGAGAAAACGAGUUGGUCCUUGUCAGCAUGAACUCUCUGACGUGGGGGGGCUCAAAUGCCCUGCUGCUGCUGUUCCUUGUGGGCUGGGCCAGCCCCACCUUCAUCAGCGUUAACCGCGGGCUGAGGGUGAUGAAGGGCAGCUCUGCCUUCCUGUCCGAAGACAACCUGAAGUUUGCCGUUCCCAGAGAGAAAGAUGCCUGCAAAGUGGAAGUGGUGACAAAUGAGCCAGUAACACAGAGGGUUGGGAAACUCACUCCACAGGUCUUUGAUUGCCACUUCCUUCCCAAUGAAGUAAAGUAUGUUCACAACGGUUGCCCAAUUCUUGAUGAAGACACAGUGAAGCUUAGACUUUACAGGUUUACUGAAACAGACACCUUCACGGAAACGUUUACCCUGCGGGUCUAUCUCCUGGAGCCAGAUUGUAACAUCAUCCGCAUGAGUAACAAUGUGCUGGAGGUGUCCGAAUUCUAUGGCCUGUCCCGGGCAAUUGAUAAGAACCUGCUCACAUUUGAUUAUGAUAAGAUGGUCAGCCUGGAAUGCACUGUCAGGCUGGACCCUGUGAGAACUUGGCUGCCAGCCCAUGGCCACAUGGUUCUGGUGGAGCCUCAGCCAGGAGAACCUCGUGGAGAUCAGCCACAUAGUUUUUUCCCUGAGUCCCAAGUGGGAACAGAACUGAAGUGUCCUGGUGGCAGCUGCUCCCCAGGAUUGAAGAAAAUAGGAAAUCUCAAAGUAAGCUGUGAGGAGUUCCUGCUGAUGGGGCUUCGCUAUCAACAUACAGACCCCCCUUCACCCAACAUUGACUACAUCUCCAUCCAACUGGACCUCACAGACAGCAGGAGUAAAAUCGUGUACAAGUCAGAGAGUGCGUGGUUGCCCGUCUAUAUCCGAGCUGGCAUUCCAAAUCAGAUCCCAAGGGCAGCAUUCAUGGCCAUGUUUAUCCUGGAAGUGGAUCAGUUCAUCCUGACCUCUUUGACGACAUCUGUUCUGGAUUGUGAAGAAGAUGAGACCCCCAAGCCCUUGCUGGUGUUCAACAUCACUAAAGCCCCUCUCCAGGGCUAUGUGACUCACCUGUUGGAUCACACCAGACCCAUCUCCUCGUUCACCUGGAAGGAUCUCAGUGACAUGCAGAUUGCCUAUCAGCCUCCAAACAGCAGCCAUUCUGAGAGGAGAAAUUACGAGGUAGAGUUGGAGGUAUUUGACUUCUUCUUUGAAAGGAGUGCACCUGUUACCAUCCACAUCUCCAUCAGAACAGCAGAUACAAACGCUCCCCGAGUCUCCUGGAAUACAGGUCUGACUCUCCUGGAGGGGCAGUCUCGGGCCAUCACUUGGGAACAGUUUCAGAUUGUAGACAAUGAUGACAUUGGUGCUGUCCGGUUAGUCACUGUUGAUGGCCUACAGCAUGGACGGCUUACACUAAGAGGAGGGAAAGGGUUUUUCUUCACCGUGGCUGACCUUCAGACUGGAGUUGUUCGCUAUCAUCAUGAUGACAGUGACUCUACCAAAGACUCUGUAAUCUUUAGGAUAUUUGAUGGCCAUCACAGCAUCCAUCACAAAUUUCCCAUCAGCAUCUUGCCCAAAGAUGAUAGUCCUCCAUUCCUCAUAACCAACAUUGUGAUUGAACUGGAGGAGGGGGAGACCAUCAUGUUCCAGGGCUCCAUGCUGAGAGCCUCCGAUAUGGACUCCAGCGAUGACUACAUCUUCUUUAAUAUCACAAAACCCCCACAGGCUGGAGAGAUCAUGAAGAAGCCAGGGCCAGGACUGAUAGGCUAUUCUGUUUCUGGAUUCCUCCAGAGAGACCUGUUCAAUGGGAUCAUUUACUAUCGUCACUUUGGUGGAGAAAUCUUUGAAGAUUCUUUUGAAUUUGUCUUGUGGGAUAGCCAUGAACCUCCAAAUCUCUCCGAGCCACAGGUGGUGACGAUCCAUAUCACUCCGGUGAAUGACCAGCUUCCAAAAGAGGCUCCUGGAGCUUCUCGACAUUUGGUUGUCAAGGAAACUGAGGUGGCCUACAUAACUAAACAACAUCUACAUUUUAUAGAUACAGAAUCAUAUGACCGGGAGCUGGUCUACACAAUAACGACGCCUCCAUGUUUCCCCUUCAGCCACAGACAGUUGGAUGCUGGAAAAUUAUUCCUGGUGGAUAGCAUACCAAAGCUGACCAAAAAUCCUACAGCCUUGGGGCUGAAGUCUUUUACUCAGCAUGCUGUGAACUAUAUGAAAGUGGCCUACAUGCCACCCAUGCAAGAUGUUGGCCCCCAUCUCCGACACGUCCAGUUCAUGUUUUCUGUCAGUAACCAACAUGGCGGCACUUUGCACAGGGUCUGCUUUAACAUUACGAUUCUCCCAGUGGACAAUCAGGUUCCUGAGGUAUUCACCAGCCCUCUGAGAGUGGCUGAGGGUGGCCAGUGCACCAUCAGCACAGAGCAUGUUCUGGUUUCGGAUGUGGAUACCUUGCUGGACAGCAUCUCCCUCUCGCUGAGGGGACUCCCUCUGCAUGGCAGGGUGGAGCUGGGUGGAUUUCCACUAAACACCGGGGACACAUUUUCUUGGACAGACCUCUGUACCUUAAAAGUUAGGUAUCAACAUGAUGGAUCCGAGGUUCUUCAGGAUGACAUACACUUGGAGGUCACGGAUGGCACAAAUUCAGCAGAAUUUGUUCUACAUGUUGAGGUAUUCCCUGUGAAUGAUGAGCCACCAAUCCUGAAGGCUGACCUCAUCCCCUUAGUGCAUUGCUCAGAGGGCGGAGAGGUAGUCAUCACCUCACAAAACAUUUGUGCCACUGACAUGGACAGUGAUGAUUUGAAACUGGUGUUUAUGAUUGUUCGAAAACCUCAGCAUGGGGUGGUGAGGAACGCUGGAGUCCCAGUGGAUCAGUUCUCUCAGGGAGAUGUUCUCUCAGGGGCCAUAACGUACAAACACACGGGUGGUGAGAUUGGUCUGAUGCCCUGUUUUGACACCAUGACAUUGGCGGUUUUGGAUGCAGAUGCUGGCCCUUUUGUGAAUGGCUGUUGCUACAAUGGACCUAAUCCAUCUGUUUCUCUUCAUGAGUCCUCUCCAGUGUAUGAUCUCAACAUCACAGUUCAUCCAGUAGACAACCAGCCACCUUCAAUUGCAAUAGGUACUGUGUUCCUUGUCGAGGAAGGUUUCUCAGCAGCUCUUACCAUGAACCAUUUGUCGGCCACUGACCCUGACACUGCAACAGAUGACUUGGAAUUUGUUUUGGUUUCUCCUCCCCAGUUUGGCUACCUUGAAAACACACUCCCUUCGGCAGGUUUUGAAAAAAGCAACAUGGGCAUAAGUAUAGCUUCAUUUCAGUGGAAAGACAUGAAGGAUUUGCACAUUAACUACGUGCAGUCCAGGCAUCUGAGGAUAGAACCAACUGCCGACCAGUUCACCUUGUAUGUCACAGAUGGGAAGCAGCGGUCCUUGGAGAUACCAUUUCACCUUAUUAUCAGUCCCACAAAUGAUGAAGUUCCUGACUUUGUAGUGCAGAAUAUUACGGUGUGUGAAGGGCAGACGAAGGACCUGGAUCUUUCCAUCAUCAGUGCUGUUGACCUGGAUGUUCCCAAGGACCCCCUGCUCUUCAGCCUUACUCAUAACCCACGCCACGGUCUCAUCAUCAAUGGGGGCUUCAGGAAAGACCUUCCUCAGAAUAAGCAGCCAGCCAACCCUAAUCAGAAGCAUGAACUUGUCCAAAACUUUUCCAUGGAUCUUCUCAAGACUGGAAUGAAGUUGACGUAUGUGCAUGAUGACUCGGAGAGCCUUGCUGAUGACUUUACAAUCCAGUUAUCAGAUGGGAAACAUAAGAUAUUUAAAACCAUUUCAGUAGAGGUCACCCCAGUUAAUGAUGAGAAACCAAAGCUGACCAAGAAGGCUGAAAUUGCAGUGAGUAUGGGGGAAACUCGUAUUAUUUCUAGUGCUGUUCUCUCCGCCCAAGAUGAAGACUCACCCAGGGAGAAGAUUUACUAUUUAUUUGAAAGGCUUCCUCAACACGGGCAACUUCAGCUUAAGACAGGGAGGGACUGGGUCCCUCUCGACUCUGGCAUGAAAUGCACUCAGGAGGAAGUGGAUCUGAACUUGCUGAGGUACACACAUGCCAGGACAACGGAUUCCCAGAAUUGGGAUAGCUUCACCUUCUACCUUUGGGAUGGCGACAACAGGUCACCUGCUUUUGACUGUCAUAUCACCAUCAAGGACAUGGGAAAAGGUGAUAUUGUCAUCUUCAAAAAACCACUUGUGGUAUCUAAAGGUGACAGAGGUUUCUUGACAACCACCACUCUCCUGGCUGUGGAUGGAACAGACAAGCCCGAGGAACUGCUCUAUGUCAUCACCUCCCCCCCACGAUAUGGACAGGUGGAAUAUGUUCGCUACCCUGGAGUCCCCAUCGCAGGUUUCAGCCAGAUGGACAUAGCUGAGCAGACAGUUUGCUAUGUUCAUAAGAGCAAGGCAGCUGUCCCCAGUGAUGUGUUCAGAUUCAUCAUCAGCAAUGGACUGCGGACCAAGCACGGAGUGUUUGAGAUCACACUGCAGACUGUGGACAGAGCCUUGCCCAUUGUGACUAGGAACCAGGGGUUGAGACUGACUGAAGGGGCCACGGGCCUGCUUUCCCCUGAUGUCCUGCAGCUGAGUGACCCUGACACACCUGUGGAGAACCUCACCUUCCUCUUGGCGCAGCUCCCAAAGCAUGGCCAGCUCUACCUGCGUGGGACAGUGCUGCUUCAACACAACUUCACUCAGCAGGAUGUGGACAGCUGGAACGUGGCCUAUCAGCACUUAGGAGGGGACACCCAGACAGACUGCUUUACUUUUGUGGCCACAGACAGGACAAACCGAGGCUUCAUUGUGAAUGGGAGAGUGUGGGAAGAGCCCAUUGCAUUCACCAUUCAGGUGGACCAGCUAGACAAAACAGCCCCCCAGAUCACACUCCUGAAUUCUCCUUCUCAAGUGGGACUCCUGAAAAAUGGCUGUUAUGGGAUUUACAUCACUUCCCGCGUGUUGAAGGCCUCAGAUCCUGACACUGAGGAUGAUCAGAUCAUCUUUAAGAUUUUACAAGGCCCACAGCACGGACAUCUGGAGAACACAACAGCAGGUGAAUUUAUCCGUGAGAAAUUUAGCCAAAAGGACUUAAACAGUAAGACCAUUCUUUAUGUCAUAAACCCAGCUUUGGAAAUCAAUUCAGAUAGCGUGGAAUUUCAAAUCAUGGACCCUGCCGGGAACUCUGCCACUCCUCAAAUUUUGGAAUUCAAGUGGUCUCAUAUUGAAUGGUCACAGACUGAAUAUGAGAUCUGUGAGAAUGUAGGCACGUUGCCCUUGGAAAUUACCAGAAAGGGAUAUUCAACGGACUCAGCCUUUGUGGGUAUAAAGGUCAACCAGGUGUCAGCUACAGUUGGAAAAGAUUUCACUGUGACUCCAUCUAAACUGAUUCAGUUUGACCCAGGAAUGUCAACUAAGAUGUGGAAUAUAGCAAUUACCUAUGACGGAUUAGAGGAAGAUGAUGAGGUCUUUGAAGUAAUUCUGAACUCCCCUGUGAAUGCAGUUCUUGGCACAAAGACAAAAGCUGCAGUGAAAAUUUUGGACUCAAAAGGAGGACAGUGCCAUCCUUCACGUCCCGUCAACCAAAGCAGGAACAACAUGGGGCAGAGGGGCAUUUGGCGUCCACCACCCCUAGGGGCUUCAUCACCCACCACUUCUGGGUCUUUUCAUCUGGAAAGAAGACCUCGUCCAUCUUCCAAGUGGCUAGCGGUCACCAGGGGGUAUACACUACAGGGCUUUGAUUCUACGGCCCUUUCUCAGAGGAAGCUCAGGCCCCACGGGAAUGGCAAACUGGUUCAUCCAUCCUCUGUUUACAGAAAUGGAACAGACAUCAUUUAUAAGUAUCAUGGAGUGGUUUCCCUUAAACUAGAGAAUGAGAGUUCCCCAACUCACACAAGGAAUUCCCAUGUAUCCAUCCUUAGUCCACCUCAGAAGGCAGCCGGAGUGGCAGAGCCGCUUCAGGCAGAUAAGGUGGAAUCCACAACUGACUCACACUUGCCCAGACAGGACCCACUGCCCUCAUUUGCAAAGAACUGCACUCUGGAAUUAAAAGGGCUCUUCCAUUUAGAAGAAAGCACCCAAAAACUUUAUCAGUGCAAUGGGAUUUCCUGGAAUGCCUGGAGCCCCCAAACCAAGGUGGGAGACAGGGAUGUGGAAGACAAAUCCUGCCCAACAGGGUGGCACCAGCACUCAGGCCACUGUCACAUUCUGAUCACAGAGCAGAAAGGCACUUGGAACAUGGCUGCCCGAGCUUGCUGGGAACAAUACCGGGGCAGCCUUGUAACUGUGUUCUCCAGGAGGCACAUGCGAUGGCUCUGGGACAUCAGUGGGAGAAGGCCCUUUUGGAUUGGUUUGAAUGACCAAGUCCACGGUGGCCACUGGGAGUGGAUCAGUGGGGAACCUGUCACCUUCACCAGUGGGAAGAGAGGGCCCGCUCAACACUUACAGCCUGGGAAGAAUUGUGUUUUGGUUCAAAGACGGGGGAAAUGGCAAACAAAGGACUGUCAGAAGGGCACACCUCACAAUUAUGUGUGCUCCAGGAAACUCUAAAUGUAACUGGCUCUGCAGGUGCCCAUCUGGGAUUUAUCACCUAUUUAUGUACAGAAAAUGAAUUGUCACGACUGACUGGGUACAGCUUCGUUAGCUUCGUCAUUCUACCUAAUGAAAAUGAAACAUAGAUGAAUCAUUCCGGGAAGAUUGAUAAAUGUGUAUUUCUUAUGAGAUGAGAAACAAUUUUUGCAUCUCUAUACCUUUCAAGAUAAAUGCCUACAGUAUUAUGAGGUGAGGGAUUUGGUUGUUCCAGAAGAUCUUCACCCUCGCUCCACUCCAAAUCUCAGGCAGCGCCAAUUUCAUGGUCCUCGGAUAUCUUUGUCCCUUUACCUCCGGUGAGUCCGUUCUGAAAUUUAUAUUGUAGGAGUUCCUACCACAUCAUUCUGAGUGGAACUAACGCUACCAGCUCAUUACACCAAGGUUGAACUACAGAGGGCUGCUUUGUCCCAUGGGAGCCCUUUAAAUGUGAAACCUCAGAUGAAAUUUGUGGAUGAAAAAGAGAAUUCUCUGUAGUGAAAAAGGAAAGGCUUUGGAUGGAAGGAUCUUGCAGGUGGAGGCUUAUCUGCAAAGCGCUAGUUCCCAUAAGAAUUCAUGGGACUUACUGUAUUUCACUGAUCUAUCCAUCCAUACUCAUGAAACAUCUCCUUUUCCAAUAUGGAUGUUAGCAUUGUACCAUUCCAAAGCUAAUGAUUGGAUUUCCCCCAGCCUUACAGAGUCAUCUUUUCAUCUGUGUUUAUCAUGCUGACCAGCAUUUUUCAAGGACAUUUGGACUAGAGUAUAAAUAAAUGAUGGUUUACAUAUGGAAGAAAAAUAUUGCUUCCUCAGAUGUGUCCCCAUGAACUAUGCUGAUGAGCAAAGAAAAAUAAUACUGAAAAGAGAGCCCUUGAAAGCUUAUAUUCUCGGAAAGGAUUUUGAGGCAAUUUUGAGCCCUUAAAUCUUUAAUAUUUGCAAAAAUGGCAUGUUAACUUGAUUCUCUAAUGGAAAGGUAUCUUAUUAAUUUAUAAUCUCAGCUGAGUGGAAUAUUUUUGUGGCAAUGAAGCAUGUUGCAGCCUUACCAGAACUUCCUUCUGAAAUCAAGAUUUAAUUAUAGGAAAUUAGAACUUUAUUCUGAAACAUUUAUUUAAAAUUUUUCUCUUUCAUAAUCAUUAAAAAAUAUUAUUGUGCCAAAUAUAAAUUGCUAUAGUGUACCAGCAUAACUUCAUAAUCAAAAUGGGGAUAUCAAGUAGACUACAGCUUUGGUUUUAUUAUAAAAGUGAGUGUGGUAGACACUAAAAAUGCUUGAACAAAGUCAGUCUAGCGGGCAUGUGAAAACAUGACAAGCGUGUUUUAUUUCACCUCAUUUAUCAAAGUUUUAAUUAAUAGAAAAAUUUACCAAGAGAGAUGGAGAUAAGACUCAGACAUUUUACCUCUUACUUAAAUCUAAACACAAUUGUAGAGUUGGGGGCUCUUCACUUAGAUGACCCAGGCAGGCUCCAGAUUGCUAUAAUGGACACAUUUUCUGUGGGAUACAAGCAAAGUCUUGUGUUUAACUAAAAGAUGCCAUGCUCUGUACCAGCUCCAGCCAAAUUUUUUCUGAUCCACUGGUUUCUAUUGUGCUGAUCCACUGGUUUCUAUUGUGUAAAAAAGUGAGAUUCGGGAUUAAUACAAAAGAGUUAUUUGCCUAAAGAGUUAAGUCCUAGGAAGGAAAGUAAACAUUUGAGAAAUGAGAGAAUACUGUUUCCUUCUGGAAUUCCAAAACUACACAAACUAUAUAAAACUGAAAAAUAGAACCAUGUCAACUGUGUAGAACCUGGUUAGUAUGGUAGAUUUUCACACAUUUCUGUAAUGAAAAUAGCAAUAAUUGUAACUAUAAUUGAGAGUGUUAGCAUAAAGGGAAAAUGUUUUGAUUUUUAUAACAAUUAGAAAUACUAGAAGAAUAUUUACAAAUAUUCCUGAUUGUGAAAGCAUUAAUCAAGUUGGAAAAUCCAAGUAAUUGAAAGAAGAAAAAAGUAGAAAUUCAGGCACACUGGGGUGUUGGGCAAUAUUCGUCAUGACCUUCAUUUCUUUCUCAUGAUUGGACCUUGGUCGGGGAAGGGGGGGAAUAAAUGAUUGUCAUAGUUCCCUCUGCCUUGAUUGGUCAUUUCUGCUUUUUAAGUUCCGGUAAGAGCGAAAAGGAGGGAAAUGAAGUAGUGGGUAAAAUGGGAAGGAAGGAUUAUAGGAGAAACACGAAGAGGGCUGGUAGGAAACAAUAAGAGCUGUUGGGAGGUAGGAAGAAAAGCAUCAGGACAAAAGACCUGAAUGUACCCAGCUCUUCUCCCUGAACUUGAACACCAACUCAGGAAAAGUCCCACUAUAUUCAAGGGCAUCCAUCCACCUCAACAACGUGUAGCUUUUCAGGAUCUUCUGGUUAUUUGGUCCUUAACAAAUACACAGCAUAUACUUACUAAAAAUAAAUUUAAACAACAUAUGAUAAUCAUUUCAUCUUCUUCCAAGAAAAUGAACCAGGUGACAUUAAUUUGCUUUCCUGUUUUUGUUUAUUUUUAAUACAGCCGAAAAGAAAUGCACAUAUAUUAAUUAACACUAUGGUUCUGUGUAAUUUAAACCGUAAACUGGUGCUGAUUAGUGUCUGCAAUAAAGCAGCAUAUGAAAUGUACUGUAUUUAGCGUUGUAUCAAAGUUAAUAAAAAUAAACUUAUUUUAAGUUCUGAGACACUGUUCAUUUAGUUUUCAACAUUUUGUAUCUUUCCUGGGGACACAUGGGUCUUAUAUUUUAAUGAUUUUGUUAAAAAGAGACAGAAAAUGGACCAGGCUUUAGCUGCAUGGCUUCUGUGUAUCCAUGCAUCCAUCCACCAUUCACUGAACAAAUGUUGCACAUGGAAUGCCAACUCUGCACUUGACAUUGUUCUGGAUACUGAACGUACGUAGUGAUGGAGAUAGAAAAUUAAAAGUAUAAAAGCAUAGUACAUACAUACAGAUUUCUUAUAGACUUUUUUAAGCCUCAAGCUUUUCAUCAGGGAAUAAGCCACAGUGGAAAUCAGUGAUUAUGUUAUUCCUUUUCAAAUUUGAAGGAAAUACACACAAACAGCUUGGUAGCCUUUUGUUGUAUUUCCCUCUUGAUUAAGAAACUGGUGUUAACUUCUGAAUUUUAUAAUCAGGUCAAUGUUAUUAUUGAUAGCAACUGUCCCAAAUUUCUUGUUUCCAGAAUCAAGUCGGGAACUAAAAUUUUUAAAUCUAGUUAAUUGAUUUUGUAACAACUAUUUUUUCUAAAAUGACAAGCAGUAUGUGUCUCUGUAUCUUAGAGAUUCCUGAAGCAACAGAAAUUAGAGAGACUUUGGUAUUAUCUAUUACUUUUCUUUUGAUAACAGAGAAGGUUACAGUGUGACGUAUUCAGGGCUAGGACUGAGGUCUUCCAGAUUGUGUGCUGAACAUCCUCUGGUUAUUCUACAUGUCUGUUACCACUCUGAGCAGAUGGUUUUAUUAUAUUCAGUUAAAAUAUCUUUAAUGAGUGUAAUAAAACUCAUCAUAUACUUGAAAGCAUUACUAUAAGCAAAAGACGACAGACACAGAGGCCAUACCUUUUAUGAAUCCAUUUACAUGAAACGUCCAGAGUAGGCCAACCUAUAAGGACAGAAAGUAGGUUAGUGAUUGCCAAGGUGUGGGUGAAGGGGAGAAUUGAAAUUAACUGCUAAUAGGUACAGUGUUUCUUUUUGAAGAAAUGAAAAUAUUCUGGAGUUAGCAGUAGUAAUGGUUGCACAAAUAGUGAAUGUACUAAAAACUACUGAAAUGUACAGUGUAA